AACGAGGAAAGACAGGAAGACGAGGCGAUCCUGGGUCUCCAGGUGUGCCAGGAAGAGACGGUUAUCCGGGUCCACUUGGAUUGGAUGGAAAGCCGGGCCUACCCGGACUGAAAGGUGAUAAGGGUGAGCCAGGAGAUAUUGGACCACGGAUGGUCUUUCCACGAUUCGAUCAUGGAUUCCUCUCUGGCGAUCAGCCUAACUUUCAAAGACGGAUUCUGAAGGGUGAUCAAGGACAGGCAGGACCUCCAGGCCCUCCUGGUCCACCUGGUCCUCCUGGGCCAAGAGGUCCCCCUGGAAAUACUGGCAAAGAUGGCCCACGAGGACCAGUGGGAGAACAGGGUGAACAGGGUGAGCCUGGUGAGGAUGGAAUUCCGGGUCCCAGAGGGCCUCCAGGACUCAAGGGCGAAGCUGGAAUUCAAGGAAGAAAGGGUGAUGAUGGUGAACCAGGACCACAGGGGACUGAAGGACCACCAGGACCAAAGGGAGACCAAGGAAUUAUGGGCUUACAGGGAGAAAGAGGACUGGAAGGUCCAGGGGGAGCAAAGGGAGACAAAGGAGAAAUGGGAGAGCCCGGCCAAUUAGGGACUGGAGGAAUUAAGGGUGAGCCUGGAGUACCUGGCAUUCCUGGAACUCCAGGCGUUAAGGGAGAACCUGGAGACAAAGGCGAUGAGGGUCCUGCAGGUCCAAGAGGAUUGCCAGGGCCAAAGGGUCAGCAAGGACCAACAGAAAUUAUUGACUAUGAUGGAAGAAUACAUGAAGCAUUUAAGGCUAUCAAGACCAUCAGUGUAAUGGGUCCUCCUGGUCCUCCAGGUUCACAAGGCCUUCCAGGACCUCCAGGUCCAAAGGGAGAACUGGGACUUCCUGGACCCCCUGGAGUGGAUGGAGAGAAGGGCCCUAAAGGUGCCAAAGGGGAUGCUGGAAACCCUGGCCUAGAUGGCCAGAAAGGAGAACAAGGCGAGAUGGGAUUGUCAGGUCCUGCGGGUGCAGAUGGACAUAAAGGAGACAAAGGAGAGCCUUGCCCAUCCACUCUUGAAGACAGCCUCGUUCAAAUGAUCUCUCAACCAGGGCCCCCUGGUCCACCUGGUCUCCAAGGUCCAAUUGGGCAUCCUGGAUCUGCAGGGCAAAAGGGUGAACCAGGACUUGAUGGUAUGAAAGGUGAAAAAGGAGAACUCGGAGAAAGAGGAAUGCCUGGACCAAAAGGUAACACCGGUUUAGUAGGACUUCCAGGCACCAAAGGAGAAAAGGGCAAAACAGGCGAACCAGGAUUAGAUGGUUUUCCAGGCUUAAGAGGUGAAAAAGGAGACAGAGGAGACAAAGGAGAAAAGGGGGAGAGAGGCAUGCAAGGCAAAAAAGGGUUAAAAGGACAAAAAGGCGAGCACGGACCUCCAGGAUUGGAUCAGCCAUGUCCUGUGGAAACACCAGGAUGCAGAGGAGACAAGCGGGAGGUGGGCUUGCCAGGCCUAGAUGCCCCCUGCCCUUUGGGUCCCGAUGGACUUCCCAUACCAGGAUGUUGGCAUAAGUAAUCACUAACCAUCAGGCAUGGAGUGUGUACAUAUUAAUAUGGUAUAUUUUUUGGCCAAAAGGCUUUUUUUUUUCUUUUGUAAAGAAACCUUUUUUAUUAAUAUAUUGAGCAUUUAUUAAAAAAAAAAACAAACAUUGUCGAUUAUCCAGUACCUCUGAACAUGUACUUGUUUUUAAAAAAUGCCAAAGACGCUAGGAUAUAACCAACCUGCUACCGAGUGUCAAGUGCUGUGGGCUAUGAAUGCUGCUAUGUGGACUAAAACUUAACGGCUGUCGGCCCGAAAGGGAGAGUAGCAUGGAAAGCUGGGCUGAAAAUGUCUACGCUUUACAGCAAUGGAACACUCAGCUUUUU